UUGCGAUGGCGGGAAGGCGCCGUGUGUACCGCGUGAAGUUUCAAUUCAUGACCGAGCCUUAUCAGGGUUAUGUUGUGGUCAUCACGAUUACAUGAUCGCCACGAUACAUCGGCCAGUAAUGAUAUUUAUUUUAACAUUUCUUUGAUAUUUCGCCCGAAACCGUGGAGAAAAGUUGAAGAGUUGGAGAAAUGUUGAGCGUAUUAUGCAGCCGUUUAUUGGGCGAAGCGUCGCGAAACAGGAGACUGUGGGUCGCAACGAGAAAUAUAUAUUUCACCAGUAUCCCGACGCGAUUAAGAUCAUCCAAGAAAUUCUACGUUGCUUGCAGUCCUAGCUUUCCGCUUCUCAGCAUCCGGUGUUGCAGCGGCAAUGUGAUAGAGCGCGCCCAGAAGAAGAAGGACUGCGUGCCGCAGUCGAAAUCUGUCGUGCCACCGGUGAAAUUCACGUCGGUCGUCGCCAGCCUAACCGGAGCAAAGCCCGGUCAGCAGAAGAGGAACUGCUUUCAUCCCGGUAUGUCCGGUUUGAGCAGAGAUGCGAUCGAUCUGCAAGACAAAUCGUCAGUCACCAGUACAGACAUGCUUAAAGCCAUGCUCAAGUACAUCUGGCCGGAGGAUGACCCGGAGAUAAGGAAGAGAGUUAAGAUAGCGGUGGGCUUGCUCGCGGGGGCCAAGGUUUUAAACGUCACCGUGCCGUUCAUCUUCAAGUACGCAGUGGACAUCUUAAAUAGCCACAGUGUAGCAACCACCGGUACUGCCGUGAUGGGCCUAACAACCGCGCCUGCUACAGUCGCGACUGUAGCGACGUCGCUGCUCGUAGGAUAUGGAAUAGCCCGAGCCGGAGCGGCGGGCUUCAGCGAGCUCAGAAACGCGGUCUUCGCGAAGGUCGCGCAACAUUCUAUCCGCAAGAUCGCGAAGAACGUCUUCCUGCAUCUACACAAUCUCGAUAUGACCUUCCAUUUGAGCAGGCAGACCGGCGCUCUCUCGAAGACGAUAGAUCGCGGUAGUCGCGGCAUCAAUUUCGUCCUGAACGCCAUGGUGUUUAAUAUCGUGCCGAUAGUGUUCGAAUUGGCGUUGGUCGGCGCAAUACUGGGAGUAAAAUGCGGACCGGAGUACUCGGCUGUCGCGCUAGGCUGCGUAGGCGUUUACACCGCGUUCACCCUGGGCGUUACGCAGUGGCGCACCAAGUUCAGGAUUCACAUGAAUCAGGCGGAGAACGAAGCGGGCAACAAGGCUAUCGAUUCGCUCAUCAAUUACGAAACGGUGAAAUACUUCAACAACGAAAGCUUCGAGGCGGAACGAUACGAUCAGUCUUUGAAGAAAUACGAGGCGGCGUCCCUCAAAACCAGCACGAGUUUGGCGCUGUUGAAUUUCGGUCAGAACGCUAUUUUCAGCGGCGCGUUGAGUCUCAUAAUGGUGAUGGCGGCGCACAACAUAAUAAGUGGUACUAUGACCGUCGGAGACCUCGUGAUGGUGAACGCCUUGUUGUUCCAGCUCUCCGUGCCAUUAGGAUUUCUAGGCUCGGUCUAUCGCGAAGUGAGGCAAGCCUUCAUCGACAUGCAAACCAUGUUUGCCUUGAUGACAACAGAAACCGCCAUUAAGUCGAAGGAAAACGCGACGAGAUUUUACGUGACGCCAAAUUCCUCGGACAUCUUGUUCAAAAACGUGAACUUCCAAUAUGUCGAGGGAAAGCCCAUUUUCAAGGACGUAUCAUUCACCAUACCAAGCGGCAAGAAGGUCGCUAUCGUGGGAGGAUCUGGAUCUGGCAAAACAACAGUCGUGAGAUUGCUGUACAGAUUUUUCGAGCCGCAAAGCGGCAACAUUUUCAUCAACGGCCACAACAUCCGAGACGUCGAUCUGGAUGAUCUCAGGAAUUGCAUUUCAAUCGUACCGCAGGACACAGUGCUUUUCCACGAAAGUAUAUUUUACAAUCUGCAUUACGGCAAUCUGAGGAAGUCGCGGGACGAAGUGUUCGAGGCUGCGAAAAUGGCGAAUCUGCACGACUCGAUAUUGAAGUGGCCGAAGGAAUACGACACGCCCGUGGGAGAGCGCGGCUUGAAACUGAGCGGCGGUGAGAAGCAGAGGGUCGCCAUCGCCAGGGCGAUCUUGAAGGACAGCCCUAUUCUUAUUUUUGAUGAAGCUACCUCCUCCUUGGAUUCCAUCACGGAACAUAACAUACUCGACGCUCUGCACAAAGCGACAGAGAGACGGACGUCGAUCGUGAUCGCGCAUCGUCUGAUGACUGUUAUGGACGCCGAUGACAUACUCGUUUUAAACGAGGGUAAACUAGUCGAGAGGGGCACACAUAAUUCCCUAUUGUCGACACCGAAUUCCCUGUACGGAAAAUUGUGGGAUGCUCAACAUUUAGGCAUGAAGAAACCUAGUCAAGAAGCACAAGAACAAAGAACCAUUGGUGAACAGUAUAGUUAAAAACACGAUGACAUAGGUAAAAAUAUAUAAUAUCGAAUGUGAAAGUAUAUAGUCUUGUUAAAAAUUCAGUGCUCGGGGGAUUCCAUAAAGAUUCCCGGUCUACGAUAGAUAUUUCAAGCCUUGAGAAAUCGUGACUAAUCACAAUUAAUUAUUCUCUUCACAUUCGACUGUGAUUGGUCAAUUUUCUUAAGGCUUAAACUUGAAGCAGCUAUUGUAGACCAGGACUAAUUAUUGGAACUCGGCAGACACACAAGUUGUUUCAGGUGAUGACGAACCAUUACAAUACUAUUGUACAGGUGUAAGAGAGUAUACGUAGUGAGACAGUAAUAUUUAUUCCAAAGUCAAUGUACAUAUAACAUAUAACGUUAAAUAGUGAUAAUAGACAAGUGUUGUAUAUUUGAUCGAAUUGUUACAAUAGUACGUAUACAUUCGUUAUGUAUGUGUGUAUGUGUGUGUGUACUUCUUCACGAGUAACUGAAACCGAUUAUUUUGAAAAUAAUUCGUACGAAUUUGAGGUAAUACAAAUGUCAGCUGCCAUCGUUUGUAUCAUAGUCGACUUGUAAAAAUGUAAACUGUAAUAAAUAAUAAACAAGAGGAUCUUACAGAGACAAAGGGAGAGAGAGAGAGAGAGAGAAAAAGAGAGAUAUAUUCCAAACUUAAGAUACACAUGCUUGAAAUAUAUAUCGAUUACUAAGUAUUGCCUUGACAACCGUUCGAAACAGCAAUGGAUGCCCCGGCCAGGCUGCAACGAGUUUGACAGCUCUGUGACAAUUCGAUACUACGAAGGAUGGAUCGCACAAUGCGAGUUGUAAUUUAAAUGUAUAAAAUGCAAACUGAAGCGUCUACCUUGCCGGUAGUACAACUUAAUGUGAAUAAAAAAUCCGAUAGGUAAAUGAGA